AUGCCUAAAACGACUGACCCCUCGGGUGUCGAGCGGUCCCGGCCGCUUUAUGAAAUUGUCAACAACGACAAGAAGAGGGUCGCCUAUUUCUACGACUCCGACAUUGGCAACUAUGCCUAUGUGACCGGGCAUCCGAUGAAGCCGCAUCGGAUUCGCCUUGCUCACAGCUUGGUGAUGAACUACGAUGUCUACAAGUUCCUUGAGAUUUACGUGAGUCUGUUGCUGUGUGGGGGAACGUGUUUGCUGAGAACCCUUGCUGAUGGUGUGUGUCUUGCUUCAAAACAGCGCGCGAAGCCAGCAGUCACGUCGGAGAUGACACAAUUUCACACCGACGAGUACAUCGAGUUCCUUCAAAAAGUCACCCCCGACAACAUGGACGGUUUCAUGAGGGAGCAGGGCAAGUACAAUGUGGGCGACGAUUGCCCCGUGUUUGACGGCCUCUUCGAGUUUUGCGGCAUCAGCGCCGGUGGUAGCAUGGAGGGUGCUGCUCGUCUCAACCGGGAGAAGUGCGACAUUGCUAUCAACUGGGCCGGUGGUUUGCAUCACGCGAAGAAAAGCGAGGCUAGCGGUUUUUGCUACGUCAACGACAUUGUCCUCGCCAUUCUCGAGCUUCUGCGCUUCAAGAAGCGCGUCCUUUACAUCGACAUCGAUGUGCAUCACGGAGAUGGCGUUGAGGAGGCUUUUUACACGACAGAUCGUGUAAUGACGGUCUCGUUCCACAAGUAUGGCGAAUACUUUCCCGGUACCGGCGAGCUCCGGGAUAUUGGCAUUGGGAACGGCAAGCACUACGCCGUCAACUUUCCCCUGCGGGAUGGCAUCGACGACACGACAUACGACACGAUAUUCGAGCCCGUCAUCGAGGCUGUCAUGAAGUAUUUCCAACCCGAGGCAGUCGUUCUUCAGUGCGGUGGCGAUAGUCUCUCCGGUGACCGUCUUGGUUGCUUUAAUCUGAGCAUGCGUGGCCACGCAAACUGCGUCAAUUUCGUACGCAGCUUUAACCUACCAACUCUUGUCCUCGGCGGCGGUGGCUACACCAUGCGGAACGUUGCCCGCACCUGGGCGUAUGAGACUGGCCGCUUGGUCGGAGUGGAGAUGGACUCCGUUUUGCCGUACAAUGAGUAUUACACGUACUAUGGCCCUGAUUACGAGCUCGAUGUGCGGUCUUCCAACAUGGAGAAUGCCAACAGCUACGAGUACCUGGAGAAGAUCAAGAUUGCUGUCAUUGAGAACCUGAAGCGGACCGCUCACGCACCCUCAGUUCAGAUGCAGGACGUUCCUCGCCAGAGCAUGGGCAUGUCCGACGACCAGGAGGCCGAGCUUGAUGACCGCGACGAGGAGGAGAACCCGGACGCCCGGUUGACACAACGUCAGUGGGAAAAGCGCGUCGAGCGCCAGGACGAGUACGAGGAGUCUGACGACGAGGACAUGGCGCGUGCCAACGGUGUCUACAAGCCAAAUGGUCGUUCUCGGCAAGAGACCAACUUCCGCCCGACCAAUAAAGACGAUGACACCAUGGAGGUUGACAGCCGUGCUGCUACGCCUCCUGAGCCUGCCGCGGAAGCCACCGUCGAUAACGAUGACCCGAUGAUGGAGGAGGAAUUGGCCGAGGUAUUAGCCGAAGUCGCCCAGAUGGAAGCGCAAGACGCCGCUGCCGACGAGAAAACUGCGGCCGAGCAAGCCACGGAGACUGACAAGCCCAAGGUCGACGGUGAUGGCGACGUUGACAUGACCGAAGCCACGAGCGCUGAUACCAAGGAACCCGAGGCCACAAUCAAGCGGGAAGAAGUUGAGGGCAUUUCAGCAACCGAGGCCGAGCCGACCAAGAGCCCAGUCCCCGAGAACACCAAGGUGGCUGACGACGGCGAGGCUUCCACCACGAAGGAGCGCGGUUCUGCCUCCCCCGAGAUUGCUGAGCCGGACGCCAAGCCGGCCGAGGAAGGCCCCAGCGCUGAGAAGUCCGACGAUGCGGCCAUCGCCGACAAGAAGGCGGGCGACGAUGAGGCGAUGGCAUAA